UACCCACAGAAUUCACAUCAGCUCCUCUUCUCUUAAUUAAUUAACUCUCUCUUGUUUGUUUACAUUUAUAAUCUCUUUCAAAAAGAAAAAAAAAAGAAAAACAAUGGCAGCUGAGGUUGAGUACAGGUGCUUUGUAGGUGGGCUGGCAUGGGCUACCACCGAUAGAACGUUAGGAGAUGCUUUUGCUCACUACGGCGAAGUUGUCGACUCGAAGAUCAUUAACGAUCGUGAGACUGGAAGAUCAAGGGGAUUUGGCUUUGUUACCUUCAGUGAUGAGAAAGCUAUGAGGGACGCAAUUGAAGGAAUGAACGGCCAGAAUCUAGACGGUCGUAACAUCACCGUUAAUGAAGCUCAAUCACGCGGCAGCGGCAGCGGUGGUGGUGGUUUUGGAGGUGGCAGACGCCGUGAGGGUGGCUACAGUGGUGGUGGCUACAGCGGUGGUGGUGGUGGUGGCUAUGGUGGUGGUUACGGAGGUGGCAGACGUGAGGGUGGCUACAGCGGUGGAGGUGGUGGCUAUGGUGGUGGUUACGGAGGAGGCCGCGACCGUGGUUAUGGCGGAGGUGAUGGUGGGUCCCGCUACUCAAGAGGUGGUGGUGCAUCCGAGGGAAGCUGGAGGAAUUAAUAAGAUUCUGAAACUGGGUUUGAUUGUGCCUAAUAUAUGUCCUCCUUUAGAUAGCUUUUUUUAAAAAAAAAAAAAAAAAUUGGUGAUUAUGUUUCUGGAUUGGGUAAGAGUCUUUUUUUGUUACUGUGGUUCGUGUUAUUGUUCUGGUUUCUCGCUAUUGGUUCUUGUUAUGUUACUGUGUGAAUCUGUACUUAAAAGGUUAAAUGAAGGUUACCAUUGACUCUUCAGUACUAA